GAGGUGGAGCCUCGCUAAUAGGCCUGUGGGCCAUUCUGUCCUUUCGAGUCGCCCUGCGUCCUUUCAGCGCAUGCGCAAGAGAGAGGCAGCCUCAAGUGCUGAUUCUGCUGUAACGUAUAAAGUGGAUAAAUUCUGAGCAGCGGCAGUUAAAACAUGAAGAGCUACGAUUAGUGCCAGAGAACGGAUGGCAUAGAAAGCUUCUAGUUGAUCCCAGUGAAUGACCUGAGGCACUGAUUAUCUCUGCUUCCUGUCCAGUUCCCAAAGAAUUUGGCUAAGAUGAUUGAAUGUGGUGAUGAAAAUAACGGCCUCAAGCCUACUUCCUACGAAAGAAUAGUUCUCAAGAAUGUUUCUGAAUAUCAUUAUCUGAAGAUCCAUCUGGAAUUCCAAGAAGCUGACAUUAGCCUGAAUGCUGUCGAGUUCAAGCAACUCAUCAUCUCCGCUCUGAAACGUUUACAUGGAGAGGUUGGAGCAGCUUUGCCUGUUGAUGUAUUGACUUAUGAAGAAAAAAACUUGUCUGCAAUACUUAGAGUACCUAAUAGUGGCUUAGUAAAGCUGUGGAGUGCUCUGACAUUGCUUGGUUCCUAUCAGAACAGAAAUUGUGCUUUCAGGGUAGUACAGACCUCUCCAUUUCUUCUUGCAUUAGCUGGGAACAGCAGAGAGCUGGUGCUAGAUUAAAUCCACAGAAAAGGCAACUGAAUGAAAAAGAACUGUCCAAAAUGUUGAUACCAUUGCCCAGAUGCAGAUUUUUGUCUCCGA